AUAAAUGCCAAACAAGAACAAAUAAACAGUCCAAACAACAGUUUAACUCACUUCAUUUCUCAGAACACAAAUUCGCACAAAAAGACAUAAUGUAUAUCUACGAAGGUUUGACUAUAUGUGUUAAAUAAGAGCUUAGUGUUCUGAAUAUCAGAUAACACAAGUUAAUCCGCGAAACACGACGGGACCCAGUUGUGCAGUCAUGUCGGUGCAUUGAUGUCGUGUGGCGUCAGCUCGUGGUGUGAUGGCCGACCCGAAUUGUCGCUUAUAAAGUUCGAGCAAACACCAUAAACUGUAUUUACUCUCGGCCCAUGCCCCAUAUUCUUACAGGCUUUCCGUUGACGCAUUUAGCAUAGUUUUAUUAGUCAUUUUAUACUGUUUAUGGUAUGGGGAAAUUGCUAUGAUCUAAAUUGUCGGACAGUAGUACCAUAAGUUCAGGGGAUUUCGUAUCCAACAAAAGCGUUUCCAGAAAAUUAUUUUGAAUAGAAUAUUGUUGGCAUUUUAUUACUUGUUUUUUAAGUGUUCCGAUCUCAAAGAGUAAAAUGGUACCCUUCAGUGUUUAAAUAUCCCUUGUACAGUUUUUUUAGUUUACAUUUUGCAGUAUUUAAAAUUAGGUAACGGGCAUGCAUGGUAAUUUAGACCUUAAUAUCAAGUUAUUAGGGCUAUUAUUCCAAAAUUCCUUGGGUAAUUAUGUACGUGUACUUUAUUAAAUUAUGAUUGUCCAUUGUAGUUUAUUAACGAGCGUGUAUGUCAAUCGGUGUCCAAUUUGCUCAGUUGUAGAAUCUGCUCUACAUUCCGUAGUAGACAGCCACUUGAAUUAGCCGUCAAAAUGAAAAUAUUAGUAAUCUCUUUUGCUGUUACUAGUUUUUAUUUUAUGUCUAACAUGCACAGAGGGAUCCACGCACAAUAUCAACAAGUGUAUCCAUCACCAAACGGGACUUUUAAAUUCAUGAAAUUCGAAUGGAUGAACCGAGGCGGUUAUAACAUCUCUACAUGUCUUAAGGAUUUAAUGAAUUGUUGGGAGGUUAUGAGGGGCGACGUUAUAUGCGCACAUGCUAAGCACACACAGACAAUUUGUGAACACAUGAAGGAAGAAUGCAGCGAUUAUUACGGAUAUCUUGACAAUUGGUAUCAUGGAUUCUCAAUGAUGGAAGCUGUAUGCCAUGAUGGUGAAUAUCAACAGUAUUCGAGAAGGAAGAUAAGUCCGAAAUAAUGGAAAAAAUAGUUAGUUUUUAUCAAAUAUAUAAAGUACUUACUAGGUCUUUAUACUCAUUUUAUUUACAGGAUACCUUAAAAAGUGCCUUCUUGUGUUUAUAAAACGUCUAUUAUUUAAACUUAAAAACAGAUGUUGGGCAAUUUUUCAUAUUCUGCUUUUCCUGGUAAAAAUGAAUACGCUUUGAUCAGAAAAUUAUUUUUUUAAAUUCUGAAGCCAAUUUACUAAGACUGGUAAAAAGUAUUGUUUAUUUUCUAGGGAAGUGUUUUCUUAAAUAUGGUUUAUUCAAUAGGAACCGUAUUAAUGUCGCUCCUCCUUCAUGAACCAUGAUAGCUGUUGGAAUUUUCAGAUGAUGUGUUUACGUUGUCAGAUGGGUUACUCGCAACUGAACGUUUUUGAUAACACCACGUAGGACGAUAGUUGUAAUCCUUUUAACCUUGCCUGAUGAUUGAUUAAAGUUUUAAAGUGAAUUUAAUAUAGUUACAUGAUAAACACGUCUACCCAGUGGGCUAAACAUAAUCCGACAGAUUAACCGGAUUCAGUGACAAAAACAGGGCUUCCACAAAGGAUUGUCACAUAACGCUAACGCUGCUGGCUUCAGUACCUACACCGCUAUAACACAAUAUGUUUAGAACAAGUUACAACAACUUACUAUCGAAUCAUAAAGUUAUAAGUUGGAGGGAUGCAAGAAAGGGAAAAGUCAAUUUUGGUGACCACCUACAUAAUUAGUCUUGUGAGCCAGAUUAAUAACAUUCCACAACUUUCACACAACGCCAUCUAGUGUCAAACUAA